AUUUACUUGUAACAAGAGUCAAUAUUACUUUGGAACAAUUAAUGAUUAUGUCACACUAUAGAAGUGAAACUCGAAAAGCUUUGAUACCAAAGUAUACAAGAAUUGUAAAGAUGGCUAAUAAUACAAUAGUAGAAGAGAAUACACCCAUGACUUGUCAAGCUCAA